ACGUACGAGUUUCAAAACGCUUGGAUCAAGACCUGCCCACCCUAUUGCGGCAACAGCAGGACGUACGUUGCAGCACCGGCCGACAGCCUGACCAAGAUGGCCUCUAGCCUAGACAACGACACGGAUACCCCUGCAGGUGUUUCCACGCCAACCAAGCUCUCCCCAACCACGGAAAUUACACGGUACAUCAACCCAAUCGAACGUGAAUGGGGCCACCAGGGACUCGGACCUCACCCCAACUUGCACGCUGCUCAACCUAGCGUGGGUUUCGGCAUCAUGGCCGUAUUUAAAAAGAAUCUGGACCUACCCGGAUCGGGGGACAAGUUUCAAGAAGUUGCCGCCUUUUUCCGGGUCGACACUGAAAUUGUGCUACACACGGAUAUCUACACGAUUAAUCCCAUGAACACUUGCUACCCGGCACAGGAGCAACACUUUGAGAUGAGCAACUUUGGCAUGUACGUGCCAUACAACCGGCAGAUGCACCUGGGCCACUACACGUACCUUCCCAAGACAUCAUCUCACCUCGUUCCUUUUGAACCGUAAAUUUUUAUUCGGUUCUAGAGCGUUUAUAAUGCUGAAUAAAGGCGUGUACUCUGUUCAAUUCAUUGCUCAUUUCGUUUUCUGAUCGUUCCAGAAAUUCAUCUUCGGUCUCGCCGUCUUCUUGUUCCAAGUUUAGGUGAUUGAAAUUUCC